AUGGGUAAUAAUAAUCAUCAUCUAGAAAUGGAACCAGCUUCAAGCCAAAGGAGCGUUGCUAUCCCUCAAAGCAGACCUCUUCAAAUUGUUACUAAUUUUUUCAGACUUAACCGCACUCCAGCUGGGAAUGUUGCUCUCUAUUUCAUAAAGUUCGAGCCUAAUGUGGAAGCUGAUAAUCGAAGACUAAUCGGGAUUCUGAUUGAGUCUGCGAAAUCUUCUAUCACUGCACAGAUAGGCGAGUUUAUGAAACUGGGAAACAACAUCGCAGCUUGAACGCAUAAAGAUGAACCUUUUAUAGUUAAAGCAAAGGAUAAUAAAAAUACAGAAUUUGAACUUAAAAUUCGCAAUGUUGGCUAUCCUUUUAUUAUUUGUAUUAGAAUAAUAUAGUUUAAUGUUAAAAAUAAUGGAAAAUCAAAGAAAACAGCAUAUAUAGAUGAUUCUAAUCCUGAAGCUUAUAGAAUGUAUUGCAAUGUAGUGCUUAAAAAAAUGCUACGUAACCUUAAUUUAUUACAAGUAACCCGCCUUCCGAAGUACAUAUCCCUAAUUUAUUUUAUUUAAAAUAUAAAAAAAACAUGAAAAAUGCUUAUAUAGAUAUUUUUCUGAAAAUUCAAAUAAGACAGAUUUUUUCAUUAGAGAGUGUAUUAUGAUACGAAUCUAAUUAAACAAAUACCAGGGCUUGGGCUUGAAGUAUGGCAAGGAUACACAGCAUCUUUUGCACAUCAUUAUGAUCGAAUGCUUUUGAAUAUCGAUUUUGCGAGUAAAAUUAUUCGCAAUAUGACAGCACUUGGGCUGAUUCAAGAAAUUAAAGCAAAUUCUGGACCUAAUUGGAAGCAAGCAAUAGAGGAUCAGUUGUACGGACUUAUAGUGAUGGCUGGCUAUGGAAAUUAUAGAUGCUAUAGGAUUGAAGGAAUUGAUAUAUUGCUUUAAUUAAUAAGCAUACUCUUGUGGUGGACCUCACCCAUAAGGGCGAGUCGGGGGCUGUUUUCCGGCCCGCUAAUUUAAACCCUGACCCCUGACUCUUGUGCUGGACCAAAGUAAUCAAUUUAGGACUUGAUAGUUUGCUUACUAUAGAAAAGUUCAUGCAGGCUACCACUUGCCUUCGCAUAACUCUCCAUCGCUUACUUGCCAGUCUGGGCACAGCCUUCCGCAGUAUUGUCCCUCAGAAUAAGCGCUUGCACUCACUAUUCGAGAGCAAGCGGGGUUUGUCUUUCAAAAAUCGAAAAACGAAUUUUCUACCUGGACUAUCGACCACCAAAUGGAGCGCUUGAGAAAUUGCCCAUUUAGCCAAGCGACCACCUUGGCCUUGCUGAGCUUUCCUUUUCUAAUUUCAUGAGCCAUUUUCGUACAGGUAAAAAUUUAUAUGAAGUGAAUAUUCAGUCUGCUUAUAUCGACGUUUCACCCUUCCAAAACAACAAAAACCAGUCCGCAUACACAUUUCUGAAGAAUGUCCUCUCUUCCAAUUCUAUAAAUGAGAUGCAGAUUGCAAGUGUUGAGAGGGCAGAUUUGAUAGCUAUAGCCCAUCAUUUGGCUUGAUUUUAAUUGGCUAGUGACCUUGACUUUUAAAGCAGUUUUACGAAUCCGCUUUUUCUUUCAUGGCUAAAUAAGCUAGAAUAUUCAAAAUCGUCAAAAUUGGGUUAGACCAUGGCUAUGAGGGUGAAUUGAGUAUACUCCAUUUUAACGACACAAAGUUAAAAAAGACUUGAUUAACAAAAUUAUUAUAAAAUCUUUUAAAUCAUAAAAAGGGUGUUUCCUGACUAUAUAAUUGCCUAUAAAAAAAACUUUUAAUCUAUAAUACCCACUAGGAGAUUAAUAUUUACCAUUUUUAGUAAGAAAUUGAUUUUGAAAGCAGCCCUACCAGCACAUUUUUAAGAAAUAAAGUAGAAGUUUCUUACCAAAAUUAUUAUUUUGAACAAUAUGAAGUUACUAUAAGAGAUUUAAGACAACCAUUACUCAUCUCAACUAUCAAUAGAGGCCAAAACGAGAUAAAGUUAGUUCCUGAGCUAUGCAAUCUUACUGGAAUUUCUGAAGACAUGCGCAAAGAUUACAGAGCUAUGAACGAUAUAGCCCAGCAUACAAGACUUGAGCCUUAUAAUCGCUUAAUCCUCCAAGGUGGCAUGCACAAUUAUUUUAUUCAGACGUGAAGGGUUAAUUUUUUGUUUUAUAAAAAUAUCUUCUAAAUCAAAUGUUUGAAAGUGGAAAUUUAAUUAAGCCAGAAAUCUUUUGCUUUAAAUGCUUUAAGAUAAUAAUUAGUAAUUUGUUAGCCCACAGAGGGAAAGUUAGACAGAAGCCAAGAGCUAGCCGUUAGGCUUGAAAGCGAAGAAACUAGAGAGCUCUCAGAUAAAUUUUCCUUACUACCCCUACCUAUUUAUUUAUAAUAAAAUCAAUAUAAUAAUAAGUUUAACCAAAAAGAGAUAGCAUCUACUUCAGAGCCAAUUGUAGUAAGCGGUAUGAGGCUUCCAAUGGAGCAAAUAAGAAUUGGCAAUAAUGAAAUAAUUACUCUUGAUGACAGAGGUGGGUUCAACCUCAGAGGAACUAUUUUUUACCCUAUCAACAUUGAUACAUGGGCUGUCCUUUCUACACAAAGAGAUCAAGAAGACAGAGAUAGGCUUGUAAAAAAUCUCCAAAAUAAAGCUCGGCAGAUCGGUAUUGUUCUAGGGACUCCUUACCAGUUUAAUUUCGAUUCUAAAAAUUUAGCACCCUAUGUAGCAGCUUUAAACCGCCCUCCAAAAAACUUGCCAGUACCCCAAAUUGGAGUUAUUUUAUUGCCGCCAAACAUGAAAAAUCUUUAUCAAGAUAUAAAAUUAGCUUCUUGUCGGCAGUCAGGGAUCCCUACUCAAGUAAUUUUAGGAAGCAAUGUGAGAAAUCCCAAGCGGUUUGAAUCCAUCAUGUCCAAAUUAAUCCUCCAAAUAGCGACCAAAACUGGAUCUUAUUUGUGGGCACUUACCCCUGUUGAAAAUUUAUUACCAAAGACUAUGGUUGUUGGAAUUGAUGUAUUCCAUGAUGUAGUGAAAAAAGCCAAAAGUGUCGUGGGAUUUGUAGCAUCCAUACACCCUGUAUUUACCCAGUAUUUUAACACUGUAAAAAUCCAAUCAAUAGAUGGGGAAGAAAUUGCGACUGCUUUAGGGUCUUGCUUGGAAGCUGCACUUAUAGCAUUUUAUGAAAACACCAAAAAAAGAUUUAUGCCAGAUCACAUUGUUGUUUAUAGAGAUGGUGUUGCGGACUCACAAAUAGGAGCUAUAAGAACUUUUGAAAUUGAUGGAAUGAAAGAAGCAAUCAGUAGAUUUGAUAAUUACAACCCAAAUUUCACUUAUAUAAUUAUAUUCCGCUUUAUUUUAAUAUCUAUAGAAUAUUUUAUAGCCCUAAGCCCUUAUUCUGAAUUAAUUGAGAUUUGCCAUGACUGGUAUUAUAGACAAAGAUGCUGCAAUUAAAUCAAAAUUUAAAUAAACAAAAAAACCAGUGCAAAAUUAUAUGUAAAUUCCCAAAGAGGCAUUGGAAAUCCAUUACCUGGAACUGUUGUAAAUUCUGUUAUAGUUCCUGACCCUAACUCUUUUUAUCUUAUAUCUCAUGCAGUCACCCAAGGAAUGGCGUCACCUACACUCUAUAGAGUCAUCGAAAAUACGUGUCCUAUAAAGGAAACCGACGUUAUAACAUAUGCAAAGCUUGCCUUUAAGCUUUGCUAUAUGUAUUAUAAUUGGAGUGGAGGGAUCAAAGUCCCUGCACCGACAAUGAUGGCCCAUAAGCUAGCUUAUAUUGUUGGCCAAUGCAUCCAUGAGGAAGAAUAUUUGCCAAAUCUUAAACAGCUGCCUUGGUUUUAUUAA